CACUUCAGAUAACCGCGCUCUCACCAGUCUGUCUCAGUUUAUCUACAACCCACAUAUCACCAUGGCUGUCACGUUUCAAGAUCUCGGAGUUGCCAAGUGGUUGGUUGAAGCCUUAACGGCCAUGAAAAUCUACACUCCUACCGCCAUCCAGGCAGCCUGUAUUCCUAAGGUGUUGAACGGUCACGAUUGUAUCGGUGGGGCUCAGACUGGUUCCGGUAAGACCAUUGCAUUUGCGGCUCCCAUGUUGACUAGAUGGUCAGAAAACCCGUCGGGGGUUUUCGGCUUGGUGUUGACCCCUACCAGAGAGUUGGCGUACCAGAUCGCCGAGCAGUUCCAGGCCUUGGGUGCCAACGCCAACUUGAAAGUGAUUGUUAUCGUCGGUGGUGAAGACAUGACAGCACAGACCCUUGAGCUAGCCAAAUGUCCACACUUUGUUAUUGCCACACCGGGGAGAUUGGCCGAUCACAUCUUGAGUAGCGGAGAAGACGUCAUCAGAGGUUUGAGAAGGGUCAAAUACCUCGUCCUCGACGAGGCAGACCGUUUGUUGACCAACAGUUUCGCUGACCACUUGGACACCUGUUUCAGCGCCUUACCGCCGCCGUCUCAGAGACAGAACAUGUUGUUCACCGCUACCGUGACCGACUCCAUCAGGGCCAUCAAGGAAAAGCCGGUCGCUGCCGGCAAGCCGGAGUUCUUUAUUCACGAAGUUGACACCGUCGACAAGGUUGCCAUCCCAUCCACCUUGUCUAUUAGCUACAUCUUCCUCCCUUCCAAUGUUAAGGCUUACUACUUGCACUGCUUAAUGACCUUGGAAGAACACACGAACAAGAGUGCGAUUAUCUUUGUCAAUAGAACCUACACCGCGGAGUUGAUUACCAGAACGUUAAGCCGUUUGGGAUUGAACGUCACUUCGUUGAAUUCCGAUUUGAAGCAGGCCGACAGAACCUCCUCCUACCACCGAUUCAAGUCCGGUGCAGCCCGGAUUUUGGUGGCCACUGACGUUGCAUCCAGAGGGUUGGACAUCCCACAGGUUGCUCUCGUUGUGAACUAUGACUUGCCAGCCGAUCCGGACGAUUACAUCCACCGUGUUGGUAGAACAGCAAGAGCUGGGAGAAAGGGUGAGUCCAUCAGUUUGGUGAGUGAAAAGGAUAUCGAACGAGUCUUGGCAAUCGAGGAAAGAGUUGGGAAGAAGAUGGAAAAGUAUGAGGAAGUGUCUGAAAAUAAGGUCAUCGCCAACUCCAUGAAGGUCACCUCCGUUGCUUUGAGAGAAGCCGAAAUGGAAAUGGAAAAAGCCGAGAAUACUAUUCGUGAAAAGAAGAAAAUCAACAAGCGGAAGCACGCCAGUGAGUUUGUGCUGGCAGCCCAGCAGGAUAAGAGGAAGGUUGUGAAGAAGGGCAAUCUGGUGACGAAAUAAGCCACGAGACGUGUAAAUUAGGAUUAAUAUAACCACAAGGCAUGUGCAGAUGUAUAGGUUUGAAAAGCUAUAGAUUUUAGUGUGGCUAACUCACAACCAGUAUCCUGAGAUGUACACUUUAUCACAGCUAUUAGGGAGGAAUAAUCCUAAUCAUUCCCCUCAAGGGUCCGCUUUUCUCUUUGAGUUCGAGCGUGUCUUUUGACAAAACGUAAGGUAUCUAACUUGUAUCUAUAUUUUCCA